AUUCGAAUAGGUAUCUGUAUACAAGAUUUAUGUUAUAUUUUAUUCAGGAGGUGAUACAGUGUAGGUACAUGUUUUUCAAGUGAUUUUCGAGUUGUUGUUUGUUUUAUAAAUGGAAUAGUGGAGAUUGGACAUAUUCUAGCGAGUUAAGAUGGCCUCACAUCAUUCGAAACCGGGGAGGGUUCCGAAAUGUGCCAGAUGCAGAAACCAUGGAAUGAUCUCUACAUUAAGGGGUCACAAAAAGCAAUGCAUCUAUAAAAAUUGUUCCUGUCAAAAAUGCGGUCUCAUUAAAGAAAGACAGCGAAUUAUGGCAGCUCAGGUGGCUCUGAAACGUCAACAAGCUGCCGAAGACGCCAUAGCUCUACAUCUAGCCGCCAAAGAAAGCGGCACCACCUACGAGUACCUGCCCCCAGGUCGAAUAUUCGGCAUGCAAGUCACUUCUCCUGAACCAGAAACUGCUUCUCAGAAAACCGAAUGUACGAUCAGCCCCGAACAGGAUCAGCCAGAAGAGAUCGAAGUGAGUUCGGCUUCGAUCGACAUGUUGGCUCAGCUGUUUCCGAAUAAGAAACGUACCGUGUUGGAAUUGGUUUUAAAGAGAUGCAACCACGACCUACGAAAAGCCAUAGAGCACGUCAACAUAAACAACAGCCAAGAAACUUCCGAAUCGGAUGAAUCAGCGUCAGCGUUUCGACCUGUCAAAAAUGGCAGCAAAUCGAAACCGUACAUGGUCCCGCAUUCCGGGAGUUUCUCCUUCAUUCCCACCAACAAGACUUUCAGUCUAUACCCGUUCUGGCCGCUGUUCAAUUACCAAUUACCCCAGCCCAUUUUGCCGAGUCCUGUGCUGGUGCAAGGGAUUUGCGAGUGCGAUCAGUGCAGGGCGACUGACAGAGUAAAUGUAAAUGCUAGAUAAAAUAGUUUAUUUUGUGAUAAAACUGUACAAAAACGUGUUGUUGUUUAUAGAUUUGUUGAUUUAAGUUUAUUUUUUAUUAUUUAAUUAAGAUUGUAUUAUAGGGUGAUUUAUUAUUAGAUUUCUGCAUGGAAUUUAUUGUCGUUUGUUAAUAAAUCUUUAUUAUAGCUUU